UGCCUUCUGGUCCAGAUAUUGUUAAUUAUGGUUAAACUAGUGCGGAUAUCAGAAUCUCUAUGAUUGCUCUAUCUGGACACUUAUAUGGCAGCAAGAAGUGAAAAUGCUUUUAUCUUCAGUAGAGUAUGUAAUUAUAACUUUCCUUCUCUGAGGUGUAUGUGGUUCUGGGGAUCUGUGGUUGCUUUCCAUGCAGUCUGCGAUCAGCUCUACAAAACAAGAUGUAUCAGCAAAGCAUUCUGACCAUGUUUGUGCUAUUGGACCUUCUUCAAAUGGCAGUUGCCCACUGUAUGGUCCAUCAGAUUCCUCCCAGGAACUUCACGUUACCCUGUAUGCUGCUGAAUGAGACGUUUUUGAGUCCUUUCUCUGCUGGCAUUGUAGAGAGCUGGUCUGGUUUGAGGAGAGCACCCGAAACCAAGCCUUCCUUGCUAAUGAAUGAAGAAAGCUUUUUAUGUUGCCUUUGGAGUGAUAACAACAUUGAUUGUUCUUUGUACAGAGCAAGCAUGCAAGCAAGGAAGUUUAUUCCUUCAGAAAUAAGUAUCUCUGCUUCUCAGGAAAUAGAUUCAAAUUGGAACAUUGAAUGUUGGAUUGAAGGCAAGUUGGACCUGUUAGUUUGUAGCCUGCAGUUUGUGAAGUUGCACUUGAGAGCCAACUUGAAGGUUAAUCUUUUAUAUGCUGUAACAGAGCUGUCGCUGGGAGAUGUACCUACGAGCUCUCUAAAGGGGACUGUCAUGGUUGCUCGGUGUGACUGUAGUGAGUAUGACAAGUGCAAGUGCUGCGUGCCUUCUCUGAGACUCAACUACACUUACAUCAUGUGGCUGAAGAUGACGAUGGGUGUAACACCUCUGUGGUCACCUUUGAUGUCAGUCAAGCCCAUAGACAUAGUAAAGCCUGAACCUCCUUUGAACCUGCACCCAGAAAUGACAGAGAAAGGUCAAGUGAAGAUCUGCUGGUCUGACCCAGUGCUGAUGCCAUACCCGCUUCAGUAUGAAGUGAAGAUCUCCGCAAAUUCAGGUCAACGUGGUUGGCAGAUGAUUCAAGUUGCUCUAGAAACCUCACUGGCCAUAGAGAAUACACUACUUGAUUCUUCGUACUCAGUUCAAGUGCGGUGCAGGAAUCGUCAUGGUCCAGGGUUCUGGAGUGACUGGAGCACACCGUACAACCUCAACUUGGGAGCUGAAGUCCUGUACUUCCCUCCUAAGAUACUGACCAGUGUUGGUUCUAAUGUUUCCUUUCAUUGCAUCUAUAAAAACAAAACCAAGAUUGUAGUAUCCAAGAAGAUUGUUUGGUGGCUGAAUUUAGCAGAAGAAAUCCCAGAAAGUCAGUAUACACUUGUGAAUGAUCGCGUAAGCAAAGUUACUCUUUUCAACUUGAAAGCAACAAAACCUAGAGGAAGUUUCUUCUAUAACGCAUUAUACUGUUGUCAUCAAAAUAGGGAAUGUCAUCAUAGAUACGCUGAAUUAUAUGUAGUAGAUGUGAAUAUUAAUAUCACAUGUGAAACGGAUGGGUACUUAACUAAAAUGACUUGCAGAUGGUCUGCAAACCCAAACACAUUGCUCCUGGGGAGUUCCUUGCAGUUAAGAUACUCUAGGAGCAGAAUUUAUUGUUCUGACUUUCCAAGUACUUCUCCAAAAUCAGAGGUGAAAGAAUGCCGUUUACAGAAGAAUCAUUCUUAUGAGUGCACAUUUCAGCCUAUUUUUCUUUUAUCUGGAUAUACCAUGUGGAUAGAGUUUAAGCACUUACUAGGAACACUUGAGUCCUCACCAACUUGUGUCGUUCCAGCAGAUGUGGUGAAGCCGCUUCCUCCCUCCAAUGUUAAAGCAGAAAUCACCAGGAAUGUUGGGCUGCUGAACGUGAGCUGGACAAACCCAGUAUUUACCAACAACGAUCUGAAAUUUCAGAUUCGGUAUGCUGUGAACAGGAAAGAAAUUACAUGGGAGCUCUAUGAAGUUUCAAAUGCACCAACAAGAUCAGCUGUGAUAAAAGUUCAGAAGCUUUGUGUCGAGUACGUUGUUCAGGUCCGGUGCAGAGAACUGGAUGGAUCAGGCUACUGGAGCAACUGGAGCAGAUCAGCCUACACGCUUGUAAAAGAUAUCAGAGCUCCUGUACAAGGCCCUGAAUUUUGGAGAAUUAUUAUUGAAGAUCCUGUGAGGAGGCAGAAGAAUGUUACACUCUUGUGGAAGCCACUGACGAAGAAUCACUCAUUGUGCAGUGUGAGCCGAUAUGUUAUAAAGCAUCAGACAUCAGGAAACACCACGUGGUCAGAGUAUGUUGAUAAUGGCACUACCUGUUCAUUUCCAUGGAUCGAGCACACACAUACCGUUACAGUUUUAGCCAUGAAUUCAAUUGGAGUUUCUUCAAUUAAUUUUAAUUUAACUCUGUCACAGCAAAUGAGCACAGUGAACGUUGUGCAGUCGCUCAGCGCGUACCCAGUGAACAGCACUUGUGUGAUUUUGAUUUGGACGCUUUCACCUCAAAUAUAUGUGAUAACAUCUUUUAUUAUUGAAUGGAAGAACCUUAACAAAGAAGAGGAGAUGAAAUGGGUGCGAGUUCCUCCAAAUAUUAGUAAAUAUUAUAUUUAUGAUCACUUUAUUCUGAUUGAGAAGUACCAAUUCACCGUGUACCCUGUGUUUGCUGGAGGAGUUGGCAAAUCCAGAGCAACGGAUCACUUUACCAGAGGUGGAUAUGAAAAUGAGAAUAAUGCCAGCCUCUACGUGGUUCUGCCAAUAGUUAUUUCAACUUCAGUUUUGUUGCUUGGAGCAUUGCUGGUUUCGCACCAAAGAAUGAAGAAACUGUUUUGGGAAGAUGUUCCAAACCCCAAGAAUUGCUCCUGGGCGCAAGGAGUUAAUUUUCAGAAGCCUGAAACUUUUGAGCAUCUUUUUAUCAAGCACCCCGAAGCAAUGUCAUUUGAGCCUCUUCUUCUGGAGCCAGAAAUAGUGCUGGAAGACAUCAGUGUUACUAGAGCCUUGAAAAAAGAAGACACACAGGAUUUUUUAGUAAUUGAUUCAAUGUUUACAAAACUGCCAGACCCUGAACACGACUCUGCGUGCUCGAGCAGCCAUUUCAAUAGUAGCAGCUUCUCUGAGAGCUCCCGUGAUGACCAAAUCAGUGGAGAAACGACAAGGCAGUCCGAUAUAAAAUACGCUACUAUUAUCAGUAACUCCAGAUCUGGGCUUUACGACCAGAAGGUGAAUCUGAGAAGUUGUUUCGAUAGCUGCUGCUUAGCUGAAGAUUCCCUAGUUGCAGGCACCUUCUCAGGUGGCUCCUGGGAGGUGGGAAAUGGGACGUUCCUCAUCUUGCCUGACCCGCCGGGCAGGCAGCCCAGCGCGACUCUUUCCCUUUCCCUUGUUUCUUCAGAGGGAUUUUCAGAGCCUUCAGAUCAGGAUGACGCUUUUGCAGAUGGAGAUAGUCCUGAGCGGAGCCUGUGUUACCUGGGGAUAACAUCGUUGGAAAAAAGAGAAAGUGACAUUUUUUUAACAGAAAGUUCCGGGGUGAUGUGUCAGUUCCAUACGACCGAUCUACUCAAAGAUGUGGGGUUUCUUCAGCACGCCCCUCCUAAUUUAAAUGCGUUUAUCCAAAGUAGCCUUAAGUAUAAAGCCGUUGUGCCAUACGUGCCGCAGUUUCAGAUGACUGCUGCCAAGGUGCAGGAGACCACGGAGAAAACCUCUUCAGCCAUCACACCAUAAUUUAAUACUCUUAAUGUUGGGUUUUUUCAGGUGUUGCUACGUUCCCCUGUCUUUCCCUCUCCUGACUUCUCUCAGGAGCUCUCCUGUUUUGAAGCUGGGUAACUGGUUCUAUAUUUGAGUGCCGGGAUUUUAGCAGGAAGAAAUUCCAUUUCUUGUCAGACAGGACCACAGUUUCCACAGGGGUAAGCGCAGGGUGUCCCUUGGCAGUACAGACCCAUACGCACAUUUCUUCUCUCUCUUCAGGAGCGAAGUAUCUCUUCUCUUCCAACACGUCAGCAAACUGUGUCCAAAGAGCUUGUUCUUGGUUUAGGGUUUGUUUGGGGACCCCAAGAGCGAGAUAGAAAGGAGUGGCCCAAUAUGUAGAUUGAAAUAUGUACAGGUGUGGUGUUUUGGGGGGGGGGAAGCUCCAGUGUGUCGUUUCGCUGGGAAUGAUUUGGGACACUUGAGUGCUACAGACCAAGUGGGCCUGGAUGCGGUGCGGCCACCGGACCUCAGAAAGACUGCCGGGUUACGAUGCAUCGGUGUCCGCUUGGCCCGGUGGUAAGUGGAUGCGCCGUACAAAUGCCAAAUAUAUUUGUUGGGCUUUUUUGUCUCCAAAAUCCUGAUGUAUUUAUUGCUUAACUGACAGCUGUGUUAAAUUGAGCCUGGGAAUACACAGAUGGGCCACGUGAAAGAGCAGUCGGAACGCUGUAGUUCAGUUGUUGAGAGGGACACCCUGACCAGUGAUGUACUUGGAAGUAAAAUGUCCACGCUUCUGUUGUUGAGAUUCUAGUACAAACGGUCCUGCCGUAAAACUAACAUCUGCUCCAACCCCUUUUCAGAAGAGCCCGCAGUAGAAAAGCAUCAGUUUGGUCCGAGGAUCCUGUAUUUUUGAUCCUGUGUCUGUGCAGACUCGGAGAAGUCGGUUUGCUGUCACAAGCCCUGCUCCGCUCAGCUGAAAUGCUUCAGGUGGGAGGAGAAUGAGAUCUUGCAUCUCAGCUGUAUCUUCUGGGAUAAGCAGGCAAAGAAACCCACACUUACUUGCAAGCCAAAUAUAUUUUUUCUACUUCAUAGUUAGUAAAUAUUUUUGUAUAUGUGCCUUUUCAAAGAACUAUUUUGAGGAGCUAAGGAAGAUGAAUAUAUUGUGUAUUCCAAAGCUAAAUUUAUGUAAAACUUACAUAGGCAAUUAAAAACAAAAGGGCAAAACCCAGCAACAAUAGUAAAAGGUAGGAGAGGUGUGGAAACACUUUAAUUACAUUAGUGAUAAGGAAUCCUAUGGAGGAGAAGGGACCAAAGCAAGUAUUUAUCUGCACUUUGAAUUUAAGUCAAGCUUUACAAAAAACCCCACUGCUUUUUUUCAACCGAGCUGCUAACCUGGCUCUUGCUGGGUCUCCCCGUUUCUGGAUGUUAAACACGACACAAAUCUAAUGUACUUGUUUCACAAAUACUGUGUAUGGCAGGGGGAAUUAAAACAUGUUUCGUGUAAGUAUCCAAAGCUCCUUGUCACUUGAAAAUGUGAUCGAAGGCUGCAAGGACAAACCUGAAGUCUUGAAAAGGUUCCUGCAGAGUUCUGGGGGUGAAGCUGUGAUAAGCACUCAGGCGAAUGCCAAACCUAGAAUUCAUCUGAAAAAAGAAAUUCACUCCCGCCAGCACAUGAACUUGGUGUGGCACAACAUCCUUAGAGUGCCCCGGGAACGCGCUUGGGUCUUGGAUUCUGCCUCUCCUGACAAUUUGGUCACCAGAUUCAGCACCCCCCGAUACUGCAGGCUGAAGAUGGGGGAGGCCGGUGUGGGUCUGCCGCCCCUCAAACCCGCCCCGGGGAUCCCUCACGUGGUGCAGUGGAAUUUGGGGUGGAAGACCUAGAUUAGAUCAACGUUCUCUUCCUGUUCACCUCGGCACCCCAGGCUCUGUGAACUGUUGACGUGCAGUUUUGUGACAGCUGCCGUAGUGCAACCGUGUCAGCUUCCCUUCGGAGGAGAGCCUCCCGUCCCGCUGCCCCUGCAGCUCACCCCUCUGCUGGAACUUCUUCCUGUUGGGAAGGGGAAAGGGUAGCGCAGUUUUCUGUAGACGGGAAUA